CCUCCAUGUUCUGGGACAGGAAAGACCCGUCUAUCCUGGACAUUAAACCAUGUUGGUACUGGGACAAGAAGGACCUGGCGCACACCCCGUCCCAGUCCGAGGGUCUGGACCCGGCCACAGAGGCGCGGUACCGCAGAGAGGGGGCCCGCUUCAUAUUUGAUGUGGGGACAAGACUCGGGCUACAUUAUGAAACACUGGCCACUGGGAUCGUAUAUUUCCACAGAUUUUACAUGUUUCAUUCGUUUAAGCAGUUCCCCAGAUAUGUGACUGGGGCCUGCUGCCUUUUCUUGGCUGGAAAAGUGGAAGAAACACCUAAAAAGUGCAAAGACAUCAUCAAAACGGCACGCAGCCUCCUCAACGACGUGCAGUUUGCUCAGUUUGGAGACGACCCAAAGGAGGAAGUGAUGGUGCUCGAGAGAAUCUUACUCCAGACCAUUAAGUUUGACCUGCAGGUGGAGCAUCCGUACCAGUUUCUCCUCCGCUACGCAAAGCAGUUAAAAGGAGACAAAAACAAGGUUCAGAAGCUGGUGCAGAUGGCGUGGACGUUUGUGAACGACAGCCUGUGCACGAUGGUGGCGCUGCAGUGGGAGCCUCAGAUCAUCGCCGUGGCCGUCAUGUACCUCGCAGGACGGCUCUGUAAGUUCGACCUCCAGGAGUGGACCGCCAAACAGUCGUCGCGGCGAUGGUGGGAGCAGUUUGUGCACGACGUUCCUGUGGAGGUUUUGGAAGACAUCUGCCACCAGAUUCUGGACCUGUACUCUCAGGCUAAACAGCAGAUUCCCGACGGAGCGAGCGGAGACAACCCCAUCCCCUCCAUCUCCUCCCCCACCGGGCCCCCUCCGGCAAAGAAGGCGUCGCCCCAGACCAGCCCCAGACCCCCCAAACCCGCACAGCCAUCUCCUAAAGAGGAAAGCAAACCUGCAAAGCUGUCCGCUGCAGAGCUCCUCCCUCCUCCUCCUCCACCUCCUCCUCCACCUGCUCCUGCCGUCAAUCCAGAGCACAAACCCUCCUACCCACCCGCCCCGGAGCUGCCCCCCAAACCCACCCCGCCUCCCCUGCCCCACUGCCCGCCUCCGCCCCCCCCUCCGCCGCUGGACGUCCCGGGCAGCAGCUCCCUCGUCUCCAGCGAGGGCUACCAGACGCUGCAGUCCAUGAUGAAGACGGAGGCGUCCUGUUACCCCGCCGUGCCCCCGGCCUGCGCCCCGCCUCUGGGCUACCACUUCCCCAGCGCCGGCUCCGCCUCCUACCACGCCCCCCCCCUCUCCGCCUAUAGCUACCUGCUGGCCCCGCCCCCGCCCUCCGUCCUGGGCCUGGCGUCGGGUCUGACCGGCGGGUACCCUCCUCCUCCCCCGGUUACGACGGGACACAGCCAGCUGCCCCCGCCCUUACCCCCCGGGAUGCCCCCCGUCAGCGGGAUGGGGCGCGGCACGUGGAUGAGAUAA